CAAAAAAGGGCCAAAACCCUGGGGACCCGUUUCCUAAACCCUGCAUUCUCGAAGUUUCCAUACUCACCGGCGCUCUUCAAACAAACUCCAACCGCCAUUGCCUUCCGUUCCGAUACGCAUCCCCCCUGAUCGUUGUUCUCCUUCCAUGAAGCAUGGCUGAUGAAAAAGAGGAAGUUACUCUUGAAGAAUUUUGCCGGAAUUGUACCAAGACCUGGCAUGAAAUUGUUCCAGAAGUAGAGGACCAAGGUGAUGUAGACUGUUGUGUAGCGAUUGCUAUAACUGGUGUUUUAGGUACGCUCAUGGAAAUUAAGAGAGCAAAAUCUGGUCCUCCCAAAAAAGCCACUCGAUUCCAGUACAUGGACUUCUUCGGACAGGUCGGGGAGAUAGAGGUGAGUACUGUACAUGGGUUAAUGGCGGGUGCUGCUUGGGGGGUUAAGCCGUCCGUACCAUCUGAAAUUGACGUUUUCGACUAUGAUGAUAACUUUAAUCCGGAAGAAAACGAAAUACCAACUCCAGAGCACCUCACACACCUUUCUCCGUCGGAGUUUCCUCUGCCGGAUGUUGCUCCGGUGUUUAUUGAGGACUACUAUGAAGCUACAGAUGUGGAAAGCAUGAUAAGAGGAUUGAACGAGGGACCCGGAUUAAUGAGCAUUGAAAUCUCUUACAAAUUCAAUCAAUGGGGGGACAGUUACCAGAUCUAUGAUGAGGACCAUCAUACGGAUCUGUGCGGCGCUUCUCAUUUGAUGAUGGUCACUGGAAUUUGUCCAUCAGAAGAGUAUAUUGUGUGCCAAAAUUCUCGGGGUAAACAAUUUGGUGUUGAGGGCUAUAUAAAAAUCCAUUUAAGGCUGGUUAGAAGUAUACAUUUCAUCAGGGAAAUCGGGACCCGUCCUAGUUCCAACUUAUAUUUGUUUACCCGUAGUUUCCUCAACGAGUCACAGAAAGACUGGGGAACCUACGACCCAAAAACAAAGUCUAUAACCUUUGGGGAGGAUGAAAAAUCAUGGAUCGAUUGGGGUAGAGAAACCAUUGGAGCCUGCAUGUUAGAGUUCCUAGGCUCCAUCCCUGUUGUCCAGCCUGAUGAAAUGGAUUUAGAAUUGGCGGCGAUUGAUUUAGCUGAGGAUUCAUAUAUCCCGGUUUACAUGCUUCUGCCCUUGGGGAUAAUUGAUAAAUACUGUUAUCUUGUUGAUCCAGCGGUUCUUCUAGAGCAAUUGAGAACAUUGAAGGCUAUGAACGUUGACGGUGUGGUCGUUGAUUGCUGGUGGGGGAUAGUGGAAGCUCAUGAAAAGCUGUAUAAUUGGACGGGUUACAGGCACCUCUUUGAAAUGGUCAAGAGAGUUGGACUCAAGUUGCAGGUAGUUAUGUGUUUCCAUAAAUGUAACGAUGACAUUGACCUGCCUCAAUGGGUUCUUGAAAUCGGUGACGCAAAUGACAACAUAUUCUUCGCUGAUCGGUCGCUCAGGCGGUAUCGAGAAUGUUUAACAUGGGGUGUCGACAAGGUAGAAGUAUUAGGAACCCGUACUGCUUCUGAGGUCUACAUCGACUUCAUGAAAAAGUUCAGAGCUGAAUUUAAUGACUUCUUUGAGGAUAAUGUGAUCUCCUUAAUUGUAGUUGGACUAGGUCCAUCAGGGGAGUUAAGAUACCCAUCCUUUUCAGUAAGCCAAGGUUGGAAGUACCCAGGCAUUGGUGAAUUCCAGUGUUAUGAUCAUUACUUGGCGCAUAGCUUGCGAAUGGCAGCUUAUACAAAGGGAUACACAGAGUUGAGCGAGGGGCCCCUUGAAGUUGGUGCGUACAAUUCUCAGCCGCUGGAUUUGGGAUUUUUUCGUGAUGGAGGACAAUAUGAUGAGUAUCAUGGGAGGUUCUUCCUCGAGUGGUACUCGAAGGUACUAAUUGAUCACCGGGACCUUAUACUCUCGCAGGCCAAACAAGUGUUUGAUAACACUCCCAUUGCAAUCAAGUUGUCAAGUAUCCCGUGGUGGUACAAGACCCAAAGCCACGCUCCCGAGCUAACAGCAGGAUUCUACAACUCGCACAACCGGGAUGGCUACGUUGAAGUCAUAAAGAUGUUGAAGAAGAAUGAUGCUGCGUUAAUUUUGUCAUGUACAGGAAUGAGUAAAUUGGAUCAGAACGUUGAGUUCAAUGAUGCCCUUGCUGAUCCUGAGGGAUUGCCCUGGCAAGUUAUGAAUGAUGCUUGGGAUGCCGAUGUACCAUUUAUAUAUGAAAUUGAACUUGCACACCAUGGUAGUAACGCCUACAACUACUUAUUUGAGAAAGCGAGACCCAGCUCAGAUCUUGAGAGGAGACAUUUUUUCUCCUUUACAUGUGGUAGAUUUGGUCCUGAUAUGCUGCAGCAUCCCUUGGAGUUUGAAAGUUUUAUCCAAAAAAUGCAUUGUUCUCAAAACUCCAGACUUCCAGAAAUGCAAGGCAGCUGAAGAAAUUCGU